AUGUCAAGUAAGUUAUUAAAGAAUGCCAAGAUAAAAGGAGGCCAGAUAAUGAAGGGAUUGAAACAUCAACACAAGAUUCUAUUCAAAGUGAAGCUAUCUCCCAUGAUGGUUCCCACCUUCUCAGGGCUAUUCUUCACCUGCCUGCUGCUCCCAGGUCUGAUCCAAGGCCAAGAGGAUGCUGCUGAUGCCCCUUCUGCUAGGAGCUCCUGCCCUGAGGGCUUUGCCUUCCAUGGUUCCCACUGCUAUGGCUUAUUGGGAGUAAUUAAUAAUGAGAUCUGGAACAGUGCAGAGUUACUGUGCCAGGCCCACCCCUCAGGCCACCUGGUUUCCCUGCUCAAUAAGGCUGAGGCUGAUUUUGUGGCCACCAUGAUCAAAGAGUAUCCAGGUGUCCAGAGCCCUAUCUGGAUUGGCCUGCAUGACCCCAACAAGAAUCGCAGGUGGCGAUGGAGCAGCAAUGCCCUUUUUCUCUACCAAGCUUGGGAGACAGGCUUUCCCAGUAAAUCCAGUCCCAGCUAUUGUGUGAGCUUGAGUUUUGAGUCAGGUGAGCUGAGAGUGAAAAAUAAUCAUACUUAUUCCUUUUAUCCAGUACUGUUUUUCUCCAUGCACUCCGUGAACCUGUAA